AUGACUGGAGCUAGCCCACAGGACAAAUAUGCCAGUCCGUUGACAUCUCGAUAUGCCUCUGCUGAAAUGUCAUACAACUUCUCCGAUAACAAGAAAUUCAGCACAUGGAGACAACUAUGGUUGUACCUCGCCACCGCCGAAAAGGAACUAGGCUUGACAGACAUCACCGAUGAAGCUCUCACUCAGAUGAAGGCCAAUAUACACAACAUUGACUAUGCAAUGGCCGCUAUAGAAGAAAAACGUCGUCGUCAUGAUGUCAUGGCUCACGUACACACAUUUGGUGUCGCUGCUCCAGCUGCUGCUCGUAUAAUCCAUCUAGGUGCUACAUCAUGUUACGUAGGAGAUAACGCAGACUUGAUUUGUAUCCGUGAUGGAUUUGACAUCUUGAUUCCAAAACUUGCUUCUGCUAUUCAAAGCCUCGCUGGAUUUUGUAAAACAUAUCGUGAUUUGCCUACGCUCGGCUUUACUCACUUCCAACCAGCUCAAUUGACCACCGUCGGCAAACGUGCUUCAUUAUGGGUCCAGGAACUAGUUAUAGAUUUACGAAACAUGCAACGUGCUCGUGAUGAUCUGAGGUUUAGAGGUGUCAAGGGAACUACGGGUACUCAAGCAUCCUUUAUGGCCUUGUUUGAUGGUGACCAUGAAAAAAUAGAAGCAUUGGAUAAACGAGUUACGGAAAUGGCUGGAUUCCCUUCUGCUUUUAUCGUCACUGGUCAAACAUACUCUCGUAAAGUUGACUUGGAUGCUUUGGCUUCUUUGGCUUCUUUUGGUGCUACUGCACACAAGAUGGCCACUGAUUUGCGUUUGUUACAAAACUUGAAGGAAAUCGAAGAACCAUUUGAAAAAGAUCAAAUCGGAUCCUCCGCCAUGGCGUAUAAACGUAAUCCCAUGCGAUGUGAACGUAUCUGCUCCCUAGCACGUCACUUGAUGGUGCUCAUCGGCAACGCCCAACAAACAGCUGCUCUACAAUGGCUCGAACGAACCCUAGACGACUCUGCAAAUAGACGCAUCACCAUCCCAGAAGCCUUCUUGACCGCCGACAUCAUCCUGACCCUGAUACAAAACGUCUCAGAAGGUCUCGUAGUAUACCCGAAAGUCAUUGGUCGUCGUAUAUCCCAAGAGCUGCCAUUCAUGGCUACCGAAAACAUAAUCAUGGCCAUGGUCAAAGCUGGUGGUGAUCGACAAGUAUGUCAUGAGGAGAUUCGAGUGCUGUCUCACCAGGCUGGCAGAACGGUUAAAGAGGAAGGUGGUGAGAAUGAUUUGAUUGAGAGGGUUAGGAAGACGGAAUACUUUAAGCCUAUAUGGGCACAAUUGGAUUCCUUGUUGGAUCCUACUACUUUUGUGGGUCGAGCACCACAACAGGUGGAUCGCUUCUUGGCUGAAGAAGUCACUCCUGCUUUGGCUCCUUAUAAAGCUAUGUUGGAGAAGGGUGUUAAGCAGGAGGAAGUCAACGUAUAG